AUAGGAGCAGUCGUAUGGUUCCUUGAGCACAGAACAAACACUGAUUUCCGUGGGCCACCAAAGCAGCAACUUGUGACAAUGUUCUUGUUUAGCUUUUCAACGUUGUUCAAUGCACAAACGGAGAAGACCGGGAGCCCCCUUGCUCGUUUUGUGAUGAUUGUGUGGCUGUUUCUGGUUUUGGUGAUUACUUCUAGCUACACAGCCAGCCUAACUUCGAUCCUGACCGUCCAGCAGCUGGCUCCAGUCAUCACGGGAAUUGAAAGCUUGAUUGCAAGCCAUGAGCGAAUUGCUUAUCAAGUUGGGUCUUUUACCAAGAGGUAUCUUACUGAAGAGCUUAACAUACCAUCCUCUAGACUUAUAUCACUCAAAACGCCUGAAGCUUAUGCCCAAGCCCUCCGGCUUGGACCGACAAAUGGAGGGGUAGCAGCCAUCGUGGAUGAGCUCCCUUACGUGGAAAUGUUCCUUUCAAACAGGAGUGAGUUUGGAAUUGUUGGGCAGAUGUUUACAAAGAGAGGAUGGGGAUUUGCAUUCCCAAGAGAUUCUGUUUUAGCUGUGGACAUGUCCACUGCGAUCCUGGGACUAUCAGAAAAUGGGGAACUCCAAAAAAUCCAUGAGCAUUGGUUUUGUAAAAAUAAGGCAGGUUGCAGAGAGUCAAACAGCCAGCCUCAAGCUAACCAGCUUCAUCUGCGCAGCUUUUGGGGCCUCUUCUUGCUUUGUGGGUUCGCUUCAUUGGUUGCACUAUUCAUAUUCCUGUUGCAAACAGUGAGACAAUACCGUCGUUAUGGGCAUCAGGUGGAUUCGUCCUCCGAAUCAGAGCCCUCGAGUGUGAGGUGCAAUCAAAGUGUUCACAAUUUCCUCUCAUUUGUUGAUCUGAAAGAAGAGGAGGUCAAAAGCAAGCUCAAACGACAGUCUGGGACUUUGCCAUCUCAGGUCAAAUCUGAGGCUUCGCCAUCUCAGGUCAAAUCUGAGGCUUCGCCAUCUCAGGUCAAAUAUGAGGCUUCGAUAUCUCAGGCCAAAUCUGAGGCUUUGCCAUCUCAGGUCAAAUCUGAGGCUUCGCCAUCUCAGGUCAAAUCUGAGGCUUCGCCAUCUCAGGUCAAAUCUGAGGCUUCGCCAUCUCAGGAAAAUCAUUGUGUAUUGAUUCAUAAAGAAUAUACAGAGUCCCCUAUACAUAUAGGGCUAAUCAGUUAUUGA